UCGGAGGCGUCCAAAAAUUUUAUUCACAUUAGCAAGACUAAUCGAAGCAUCAGCACCAUGAAGUUUUUGAUCCUCUUUAUUGCCCUCUUCGCCAUGGCCGCUGCCCUACCUCAGUUUGGAAUCCCAGAAUUCGGUGAACAGCAGCAACAGCAGCAAGAAGGAUUUGGCGGUGGAUUCGGAGGUGGAUUCGGUGGUCAGCAGCAGCAGCAGCAGCAAGGAUUUGCCGGUGGUUAUGGAGGCGAUUUCGGUGAUCAGCAGCAGCAGCAGCAAGGAGGCUUUGGAGGUGGAUUCGGAGGUGGAUUCGGUGAUCAGCAGCAGCAGCAGCAAGGAGGCUUUGGAGGUGGAUUCGGAGGUGGAUUCGGUGGCCAGCAGCAGCAACAGCAGGAAGGCUGGUAAAGACCAAUUAAGAUUCAAUAAAAUACGACAC